GCAAACAACAGUCAGGUUGAGAACAGUUCCACCAUACGUAGGAUAAAGGUGAUUAUGGUGCAUUAACGUUGUGGUCUCAUGUUCUACCACCAUCACAGUCAUCCACAAGUCUCCAUACACGACUCAUACUUCACAGACAGACAUUUGUAACUGUCUACCCAUUGGUACAAGAAGGUGUGCUCAGCAUCUUUGAAAAAAAAAAUGGAUAUGAGCCUUGGAAUACCAGGGAAGAAGCAUAUAACAUGCAAGUUCUGGAUAAAUGGUAGAUGCAGAAGACUUCCACACGUCUGUCCAUAUAUCCACAGCUAUUAUUGUCCAGACAGUAUAAAAUGUAAAAAGUUAACAUGCACCCUCCUCCAUAUUGAUUGGCCCGGCAUAAAAUUGCCACCUCAGAAGAAUAAAACAGCUGAGCAUGCAGUAUUAAAAAAACAAAGUGCCAUACAUAAAAGAAAAAAGCAUCAUAAAACUAGCAUUCCACAGUCUGAGAGGUCAUCGGAUUCAUCACCCUGGCAUUUUAAUUCUGCUGGAGUUAAGGACAAUUCUCCUCCAUUGGAGGACUUUGAUGAGGAAUUAUGUCAGGGCCUGGAAGAAGUUGGACUGGAGUUGGAUCGAUUCAAACCCUCCAAAAAACCUAUAAUAUUAGUUUUAUUAACUUUCAGAAAUUCUCAGAAAGUGACAAGUACAAAUGAAACCUUCAGUCAUUCAGGAGGACUUGUUCAGAGGCAAAGACCUGAAAAGACUGAGGAAACUGCAAAAGUUUUACAGAAUGUAAUUUUGAAAUCCCCAAAUGAAACUGUAAAGUUAAAAUCUCAUAAGGAUGUUAUGCAGUUGGAGAAGCAAGUUCAACAAGUUUUCACUAAUUCUAAAGCUCAAGCUGUUCCUGUCACCUCUCUAGAACCCCCACUUGCUGUUGAAUCUAAUAAUCUAAAUGUAAAUAACCACUCAGAAGAAGAGAAUUAUUUGGGAUUGUCUAGUAACUCGCAUACUUUACAACACAGUUCUGUUGAUCGUAGAGAGCAUGUUGAUGUAAAGACUCAAACUCUAGAUGAAACAGUUUCUCAUUCAGCUGGUGAUACAAAAGAAACUGAAAACUCUACAUACGUAUCUACAAUUUCGGAGGAAUUAAACAAAGUACUUCAAGAACUGAAAUGCAGGGAUACAAAUAAACCAACUUCUAAAAUCUUGAAUAACCAUUGCCUGAGCCAGAAUAUUAAUGCUUUAUCCAAAGAAGGCUGGCCUGUAAUGGGUUCCCAUUCUUUGUCCCCAGCAAAGUUAUAUGAAACCCUUAGGAGUGUAGGAGACGAAUGUAGAGAUGAAGUAUAUACAUUAAAGGCACUGUUAUCACAGAAAAAACAGUUAGUGAACCAGGUAAAGAUCUUCAUAAAGCAAAAGAACGACAUCAGUGCAAAAAGGGAUCUUAUUAUGAGCAAUUUCUCAGGUGACACUGCUAAAUUCUCUCAGAUUUUAAAAGAAUAUUCCCAACUUUCUAAAAAAAUAUCUUCAUACAUUGUCAAGGUUAAUGCACAAAUUAAAUUUACCAAUCAGAAAAUAAGUGACUUGGAAAAUAAAAUUAAGACUACUAUUUUGAGGGAGUGGGACACCAAUGCAGAAUGGGAAAUUUCAUCAGAAAAAAGUGUUCAGGAUGACCAAGAAUAUUGUGACACCAACAAGAGCAUGUUUAAAAGCGAGAAGGUUAAAAGGAAGGAACUUUCUAAUGAGCAAAACAUUUUUGUCGGAUUAGAAAAUGUCAAAUCUCCAGAUGAACAGAGAAUCAGAAUAUUCAAUGGACAUGAAGAAAAUCUUAACAUUCAGAAACAUAAGCCAAAGAAAGCAGCAUUUAAGCAGAAUGAUAAAGCUGAGAUGGUAAGAGUUCCUCCAAUUGAGCAUAUGAAGAGGGAGACCAAUAAAAGUUGCUCAAGUGAAAGAGAGAGAUCUCAGAAGGAACAGUAUAAACAAACUUUGUACACGAGUAGUGUAGAGAAUAACCACACUGAAUGUAACAAACAGAUGAGCAGGGAUGUUUGUAAAUUUGAAAAAAAUCCUCACCAGAAAAGUCAAGACAAUGCAGUUAACAAAGAGAAAAUGUCAGAUUUGUCAAAAGAUCUCAGCACACACUGGUGUAAAUUAUGCAAUGUUUUCUUCACUAAUGUGUAUGGCUUUGUAAAACACCUGGAAUCAUUGGCACACAUGAGCAAAUUAAAGGAUGGGAGUAUCAAUCCACGUAAACAAGAGACUCCACAAAAAGAAAGCAAGAAAAAGCCUGAAAUCAACGAAGGUCACCAGAAAACAGUAGGGGUCGAGUUUCUUCACUCAACCAAAGUUUUCUUUUGUGAGCUGUGUGAUAGCAUCUUUUGGAACACGGAUGAUGCUGUCCUUCAUCCUCAGUCAGCUCGUCAUGUCCAAAAAUAUAAGGAAUAUGUGUUAAAAAACACAGAUCAAGAAAUGAAUUUCCUACGAUCCAAAAUGUCUGCUUUCACUGAGUAUUGCAGAGAGAGAAGAGCUAGGUCAAAAAGUAUCUCAACACUAAAAGAAGGUAAGAGGGGUGAUAGUACAGGAGAAUGUGCCCAAAAACAAGCUGAGGAUUGCACCAAAGAGAAAAGCAUAUUGAAGGAAUCUGAGCUCUCUAUUUCUGUCAAUCUUGAAGAAUGCAAGAAAAGAAAAUCAGCAUCUCUUGAUGUUAAUAAAAAUUCAUAUUUUACAUCCAAGAAAAGUAAAGUACUAACUGGUGAUAUUGCCAAGAGUGUUACUCUAGAUAGACAAAACAGUAGUGAAGGUUCUGUUAAUGCCACAAAAAAUAAUAGAAGUUACUGUAAAUCUGAAAAUUCUAUAGAAAUGCCUUAUGAAGUGUUUCAACAGAAAUCUGUAUCUCUAUCAGAAGAUGAUGGUUUCAGUAGAAGUGAAAGUCAUCAGUCAAAUCCAGAUGGAGUUUGGACUCUUGCAAAUUCUUGUAAAAAUGAAAGUCUAGAUAAUGAAAAGAUUCCUACAAAGACAGACAUUGGCAUGGCAGUGUUUACAAAAGAAAUUACUGAAGUUCUUGAAAUAUCAUUGAGAAGUAAGAUGACCAAGGGUGUUCUGUAGUACUAAUAAAAUCCAGUAUAAGGGGGAGGGGGGAGUUGGAAUAAGACUAGUGGCUAAUAAUAUCAAAUACUAAACUUGAAUUGUGACAAAAGUUUGCAUUUAGUAAAUGUUGAAAUCCUAAAACAUCAAGUGUUAUUUAUUCAGAAUAUAUUGUGGUGCUUUUAUGUGCUACAUAAAUAAGGAAACUUUAAGACUUGCAAAGUUUUGUGGUGUGGUACAAGUUGUCUAACUAGUGUUGGUUUGCCAUUGCAGCCAGCAUCUUCACUAUAUACUUGCACCACCUUGGAACAGUUUAGUGAGGAUAAUGAUAUGCUACUUUUGUGUGUGUGUAAAUUUAUUACACACACUCAUUGUAAGACAGCAACUGAAUGAAUACUGGUGAAUGUGGUUUUUUUUUUUUUUUUUUUUUUUUUUUUUGGUAGCCCUACCUUGGUGGGAGAUGGCCACAGUCAAAAAUACUGUGUACAUUCACUUGUAGGUCUGUAACAGUACUGGAGUGGAAUUAACCCUCAAGAAAUAGUCAUUACAUAUAAAAUUAAUGUGUAUAGUUGUUAAUCUAAUACAGUGUGGUACCCAGAGUUUUGGCCAUAAUUCAUUCCAAAAGGUGUUCAAGUGCUGUUACCAAACAAAUUUGUUCCCAUAAGGAAUAACAUAAAUUAGAUUAGUCCAUUUCAGACUCUCAAAAAUGCAUGUAAAAAAGCACUUACAAUAAUACAAUUACAUAAUUGUUAGAGUUGGGAACUGUACGAAACUCGGGGUACCACUGUAUGUGUGGUUUACUUGCUGAAAAUGAAGCAGUAAAUAUGUGCCAAAGGUAGUAGAUAUUUUCUUUUCAUGUAUAUUUUGUUUAUUCAGAUUCUUUUGAUAUAGUUUUGUUGAAAGUGUAUUAUUAAUUUUUAUAUUUUUUUCAAUAUCCAAGGUUUAUAAAAUUCAUAAUGCAUAAUAAUAAGCAGUGUGUGUAAAGACAUCUUCAGAUUGUAUUAGUUUGGACAUCUCUAAAAAAUUUUAAUCGGUUUAGUGUAGUGUUUAAUAUGGGUAUAGAUAAUUAGACUGAAACAUCAACAACAAUAUUACUUUCCUGUAAUUUUUUUUUUUUAAUGAAAAACUUAUUUACUCUAGAGUGUAUUUUCAUAAUGAUUAGUUUUCCUCCUUUCAUGUUAACAGUCAUGACAGGAACAUGUUUAUAUCUGAUAAUAUAAGCAACUCUUGCUUUGCAGCCAUAAGCAAUGUAAAUUUAUGCAUUAAGGAGGAAAGGCUGUUGGACAACACAUCAGUAGCUAGCUUGAAAGCAUUUUGGUUCUGGUCUCAACACACUCCACAAAUACAAUGUUAAAGCUAUUAUAAGCAACUGUUGCAAAUGGUGGCCAUUAUUUGAUAAUACUCUAGCUUUUCUUUUUUAGGGUUGCACAUGUACUGUGCCUGUGUUUAAUUUUAGAAAUUCAAACAAGUGAAUUUGACCAUUGGCAAAUCUUGCCUUCAAAAAAGGGGGG